CUGAAGCGUAACAUAACCUUUAAGUUUCCGGUCUUCUCGGGAAAGGGACGUUUCUAAAACGUGAGAGUUUUUAGAAGACUAAAUUUGACUAAAAUGAAGGCCAAAGGAGAGCUGAAAGAAUUUGAAGUGAUCGGAAGGAAGCUUCCCAAUGAGAAGGAGAAGAACACUCCUCUUUACAAAAUGAGGAUAUUUGCUCCGGAUUAUAUUGUCGCCAAGUCAAGAUUUUGGUAUUUCCUGCGUCAGCUGAAAAAGUUCAAGAAGAGCACAGGAGAAAUCGUAUCGUUGAAACAGAUCCCUGAAAAGUCACCCAUCAAGAUCAAGAACUUUGGUAUCUGGCUGAGGUACGACUCACGAUCAGGCACACACAACAUGUACCGUGAGUACCGAGACCUGAGUGUCAGCGGAGCUGUGACUCAGUGCUACAGAGACAUGGGCGCUCGCCACCGUGCUCGUGCUCACUCCAUCCAGAUCAUCAAGGUGGAAGUCGUAAAAGCUGCUAAUUGCCGUCGUCCUCUUGUUAAGCAAUUCCACGAUUCCAAGAUUCGUUUCCCUCUCCCCAAGAGGAUCCAGGGAACCAAGUCCAUGCCCAAGUUCUCCGUGAGGAAGCCACGUACCUUCUUCCAGUAGGCGGAUAUUUCGGUGGCAUCAUUUGUUUUACUUAUUAAACCUUUGUAAAAUA